AUGUCUCGUCCUGAGGAUACGCUUGCGGCCGACGUCCAUUAUGACGAUACCGAAGCGCGAAAGUACACGACGAGUUCUCGAAUCCAAAAUAUUCAAGCCUCUAUGACAAGGAGAGCCCUAGAACUUCUCGAUCUCAAGUCGCCAUCUCUGAUCCUCGAUAUUGGUUGUGGUAGCGGUCUCUCUGGCGAAAUUCUAUCCUCUGUCGAACCCGAAGAGGGCGGCCCUCACACUUGGAUUGGAAUGGACGUUUCACCAUCCAUGCUGGAUAUUGCGCUUCAAAGAGAUGUCGAAGGCGAUUUGAUGUUGGCGGAUAUUGGCCAGGGCGUUCCUUUCCGAGCAGGAACUUUUGACGCAGCCAUCAGUAUCUCUGCCAUUCAAUGGCUCUGCAGUGCUGAAACAAGCGAUACAUCUCCCGUCGGCCGUCUCACCCGCUUCUUCAACGGACUCUACGCCUCUCUGAAGCGCGGCGGCCGAGCCGUCUGCCAAUUCUAUCCCAAGAACGACGAUCAGCGCAACAUGAUCACCCAAGCAGCCGUCAAGGCCGGUUUCGGCGCCGGUAUGCUCGAAGACGACCCUGGCACCAAGAACCAAAAGCUGUACCUCGUACUCACUGUCGGUGGUGGUGAUCUUCAGAAGAAGGGAGGUGACAUCACCGGUGUUGUCGAUGGUAUGGAGGGUGUCGACGUCGAGGACGCCAGACGGUCGAUCAAGACGCAUGCUCCGAAUAUGUCCAAGGGCAGCAAGCAGUGGAUCGUCAAGAAGAAGGAACAGAUGGAGCGCAAGGGAAAGAUUGUCAAGGCGACGUCCAAGUACACUGGACGAAAGCGACGAAUCCAGUUUUAG